AUGCAGAGCGAGAAGAGGGACCGCCUGCUCGAGGUGCCCGCCGAAGCAGAGCAGCGCCGCCCCUCGUCCGCCGACGACCACAAGCCGUCCAUGGUGGCCAAGCGCAGCCUCUCCCCGCCGCCCAUGUCGCUGCCGUCCGUGUCGGCGCCCGACGUCCUCAGUCUGUUUACCACCAACGACCAGCCGCCGAAGCAGGAGCGGGAGCAGGAGCAGACGCAGGCACAGGCACAGGCACCGACACCGACACCGCAGCACACGAUUGGCGGCGGCCCCGACUCCAACAUACCCGCGGGCGCGCGCCAGGUCGACUACGGCCCGGACGAUAGCGUCGACUACCUCUCCGCCGGUGAACCCCACCCCCACCCCCUCGACAUCGACAUCGCCGACGCCGACGCCUACUCGGAGCCCGACUCGCACCACUCGGCCUCGCAAGUCGACGACACGCAACUGCAGGAGGAGCUGGAAGCAAAGUGGAUCCUCAACCUCAGCAUGCACUUCCGCGACCUGUCUGACCGCGAAAAGUUCUUCAUCACCUACGCAGAGGAGCCCACCAAGUGGCGGAGAGUCACCGUAUCCUGCGACUACCGCGAGCUGGAGCCCGAGUCGCUCGAGUCGGAUCUCAAGUCGCUGCACUACCAACGCGACAAGAGCACCAGAAUCUACGAAGCCAUCCGCGAUUCACUCCUAGACAUACAGUUCUACGACACCGUCACCAACCUCAAGCUCCAGACCACCGACGGCCGCCUGCACGUGCACGUCACCGAAGACGUCAACGAGAUCAUACCCUACCCCUCCACAUCCGCCAUCCAACACCUCGAGUACAAGUGUUUCCGCGAGAAUGAAAUCUCCUUCGACUCGCACAUCUCGGGCUUCGUGUACAAGGUCGCGGUUGGCGACAAAGUCUUCAUCAAGAAGGAGAUUCCCGGCCCGGACGCCGUCGACGAGUUCCUCUACGAGAUCAACGCGCUGUUGAGCCUGCAGGACUCCCAAUCAGUCAUCAAGUUCGAGGGCAUCAUUGUAGACGAAAAGAACGAGCUGAUCAAAGGCCUGUUGAUCAGCUACGCCGAACAGGGCGCCCUGGUGGACAUGAUCUACGACUACAAACACUCCGACCAGCUGCUUUGGCAUCGUCGUGAACGUUGGGCCCGUCAAAUCGUCCAGGGUCUUUCGGAGAUCCACGAGGCUGGAUUUGUGCAGGGUGAUUUCACCCUCUCCAACAUUGUUAUAAAUCACGACGACGACGCCAAGAUCAUCGACAUCAAUCGGCGUGGAUGUCCGGUUGGAUGGGAGCCGCCCGAGCUGGCCAAACUCAUCGAGAGUGGACAACGCAUUUCGAUAUACAUUGGAGUCAAGUCAGAUUUGUACCAGCUCGGUAUGGUGCUUUGGGCUCUAGCGGAGCAGCAGGAUGAACCGGAGCGCCAGGAACGGCCAUUCGUGAAGACGCUCAUGCGACACAACACAGACAUCCCCGAGUACUUUAAGGACAUCAUCCGAGCAUGCCUAAACGACUCCAGAUCGGCCGCAGGUUUGAGGGAUAGCGUCUCGACACACAGAAGCGACAAAGAAUACAUCGAUCCCGCUACCGCCGUUGGCCUCGACGACAUUUCGCAACACCGCCGAGACUCAAGAUCCAAGUCUUCUUUCGAAAACGUCAAUAUGCCGUCAACAGAGUAUCCCGCAUCUUCAGGCUCAUACAUACUACCAAACAAUCACAACCCACGCGGACGGUCAUUAGACGCAAUGAGAGGUGGCAGCACAACCGGAAGGAGCGACUUCUCCCCAUACCCCGGGCACCGAUCCGUUAUGUCUCUGGACGACUCCGAACUGGAGAACGAACUUGCUAGUCUUCCAGCCAGUCGAGAGACAAGAUGGGAGCAAAUCUACGUGGAUGGCGACUUCAAGCUUGUUCAAAGAGGCGGAGCCGAACUUGAUGUGCACGACUUUGUGACUCAGGACUUAAAAGAUGUCUGUAUUACAACGCCACCAGACGACAUGGAAGCCUCGUUCAUGGGCAUCAAAACGUCCGAAGACACGCCACUGAACCUUUCCAUGGUCACUGAACUCCAGCCAGUCACGCCUCAGUACACGCAACCCAGCCUGCUGGAACCGCAACACCAGCAUCCACCUGUAGGUGGGGCGAGUAAGACAACGUUCAGCGAUCGCGUGCGUCAAAUGGCACAAUCUCCCACUCAGGCCAAUCUAUUACGUGAAACAAAACACGAUUACGAUCACGAAUUUCACGUACCUCUUCCAGCUACUCUUGCCGAUCUGGAGCACGAGAUUGCACUCGACUCAUCUGUCUCCUCGUCAUGCGCCCCGUCACAGACCAGCACUAGCUUUUCCAUCUUCGAUCGCCCGGAACGUAGAGCGCGAGCCAGGAGCGGCUUUUCAACUCCACAGGGCUUCCACUCCCCCUUACAUCAAGAUUCAGGAUUUGUCGAGACGAGAAGGGCGUCUUUUGACAGCGAACAAAUCCGGCUUAGCCUUGACCAGAGCAUCAGAGACUUGCGAGUUUCAAUGGAAGAGGAAAAGAUGAACGGAAGUUUAUGGAAUAAGAAAGAUGACACAAUGUUCGGUGAGCGUGAAAGACGGAAAACGCUGGAGACUUCAAUCUCGGCACCAAUAUCGCCAAUACGAGCAUCGACUUUCAAAUGGCCGCCAGCAACGAGCGAAGAGCGGAACAACAUCGUAUCUAGUCACGAUAUGCAGCAAAAGCCGCUGGAAGAGAAGGUAUCGAACACCACGAUCCGCCCUCCUGGUUUUUCGAUCCCAGAAUUUCUCCACGCGGUACCGAGAACCUCUGACGGCGACAACAUGUCGUCCCAUGAAUACACUACUUCGACUAUCGACCCCUAUAAUUAUUCGCGAGCUUUCACGCAUACACAAAGACAUCUUGCCCCAACACCCCACAGACGCGACGAUUCGAGUAAAGGGUCAGAUCUUUCCGACUACCUAUCUCACGAAAUUGAGUGAUCACGAUGAUUAUUAUCAUCAUUUUUAUUACCCGGCGACUUGACGACCGGAAGCAAUGCGAAUACCAAAAAUUUCUCAUAUGUCCGGCGUUGGGAUUGAACAGGGCACUCACCCUUUUGCUACGUUCUCCGCUCAUUCUUCUCAAUUUCUCUUUCGAGAUCUCUGUAGUUGACACGAUUUCAAUUGUUACUGACCUUUAACUUUCCUUGUUCUUUCUAUAUCCCAUUUCCAAGUCUGAUUGGGUUUCUAGGCUUUUCAUAGCGUGGCGCAUGUGAUUUUUAUGUGUUUCGUAGAAAUCAUCUAGAGGUUGCUUUUUACUGUGUUUGACAAGCGAUGGUGGGAUACCAUUUGAUAGCGACUUAUUCACGUAUGAGCAUUGGUUCACUAUAUGACUUUUGUCCCAGUAUUAUACGUGCACGUGAGGUUUGAAACGUAG